GUUGUCCUUUUUCAUACACUAUUUCCCAACGCACAUAAAAAACCAAUGACUAAAAUUGAGAAAACAUUAUUGGGUAAAGUUGCGGUCAUCACUGGUGGAAGUCGAGGCUUUGGCGCUGCAGUCGCUGAAGCAGUUAUUGAGCGCGGCGGGAAGGUUGCGAUUGGAGAUAUUUUAAUAAAGGAAGGAGAAUCUACUGCCGAAAAUUUUAAUGCAGCCGCCGCUGCCAAGGUGGCAGCCUUUAUCCAAUGCGAUGUCACUAGUUACAAAGAUAAUAUUGCACUUUUUCAAUUCGCUGAGAAAGAAUUUGGAGGCGUUGAUAUCGCUUUUCUUAACGCAGGCAUUGGUGGUAAAGCUUCCGAUAUUGCAUUUUUGCCUCCUGAUGAUGAGCUUGACGCAAAAUGCAUGGAUGUGAACGGCACCAGCGUCAUUAAAGGGACGAAGAUUGCUAUCCUUCAUAUGGCAAAGAAGGGAGGUGUUAUUGUGAACACUGCAUCUAUUCUUGGUACACACACGCUCCCAUCCACAGCUGCAUACAGUGCUUCCAAGCAUGCAGUUGUUGGAUGGACGCGUAGCUUUAAUCUUUUGCCUCAAGUGUGCGGUAUUCGUGUCAAUGCAGUGUGUCCACAUUUUGUUGAUACGGACUUGAUCGCGAUAAAAAACCCGGAAAUAAUAGCAAAAGGAGGUCCGAUGCUCCAAUUGAUACCAAAAAUCAACAAGGCAACUGUAAGUACUGUCGUGAAAGCCGUACUUACACUUAUUGAAGAUGAAAGUAGAAAUGCCCAAACUUUGCUCGCUUUACCCGGAGAUGUCAUUCGCGUUGAAGAGCCACCACCGCCUCUGAUGGAAGGAGUCACCCCACAGUUCAAAGAAGACUACAAGCAGUAUGAGCGAGACUAUGUGAGCUAUUACAAGAAACAGCUGAAAACUUCUCUAGAAGUAUAUCAGAAAGAUCAUCAUUGUGCCUAGUAGAUUUGUUGGCGCUUACCUGCAAUUCUUUGUAUCCAGCAAGUUAUUUGAUGCAAUUGCUUAUUUUUCAUCAAACGAGAUAGCAGGAAAAGACUUCUUGCCAGCAGAACAUUUUUUCAGCAACAAUAUAUCAAUAAACUCGAUAGAGGUUUACAUAACUUAUGCGGGGCUAAGAUGCUACUUGUACUACUUUAUGAAGAUUCUACGAUAUCCAUGUGAGAUACUAUUUUUGUAGAUUGUCAUUUCAAUUUAAACGAUUUGAGUAAGCAUCGCUCAUAGUAGUAUGCAC